AUGUAAACUGUUUAAGAUAAUUCAUCGACAAUAAUUGCACCUGUCAUUAAUGAAACCCAACUCACAAUAGAUAUGGAUGAGAGAUAAUCAAAGUAAUUUUUUAUCUAAAUCAUACUUUAGAGCACUUAUUCCAGUCAAUUAUCAUGCUAAUAUGAAAAGAACACCAAUUGCAGUCGUAUGUCCUGAAUGUAAACAACAAGGAACAACUAUUAUCAUACGUGAAGUUGGUGCAGCUACUAUAAUGGUUGGUUAUUUACUCUUUUUAUUAACAACGUAUGGUUCAUUAUCUAUAAUAUAGAAUAUUUUGUUUUUGGAUCCCUUGUUGUGUAGAUGAAUGCCAAGAUGCUAUUCAUUAAUGUCCACACUGUAAGGCUGAAGUAGGGAUAGGUCCCUAUUAAAUUCUUUGACAUAUUAUUUAGUUAAAAGUGAA